UUUGGUGUCGUGUUAAAACUUGGUAAAAUUAACUGAAUUGAAAAAAUAAACAAGGAUGAAAACGCUUGCAACUAUAGAAGACCGUAUUCUGCAACGUAUUAAUGACGAAAUUGGCAACGAUUUUAAGAAAUUACACCGUGCAGCGAAAAUAGCGGAGGACUACGAAACCCGUUUAAAAAAAAUUGCAAAUAAAUUCAGUUAUGACCAAGAAAAUAACGCUUCAAGUUUUAAAACCGCUUUUGAACAUCAGGAGCAGGCAAGCGAAAGCAUUAAUUUUCAAAUUGAAAAAUUAAAUCAAUUUGGCGAGAAAUUAUCACAACGUAUAGAAAAGUCCAAUAAGGCGUUGGAAUUAGUAAGUAGCGAUUUGGAUCAAGUUAGACAACUACAACAAUUAGCUGGAUAUUUGCGGAUUAUAGAAGAAAUCAAAGAAUUAAACAAUGCGUUAACAAAUGCCUUAAAUGGUCGAGACGAAAUUAAAAUUAUAAAUCUUUAUUUAAAUCUCUACGAGGAAAGCAAUACGGAACAUUGCAUCUUGGGUCGGCUUUGUAAUGUUAAUGCUAACUUUUUAAAAUCCUUCGCUAACAGCACGGCUACAUAUUGGUAUGGUUUACUAAGAGAAAGAUUUGUUAGAGAUUUUGAAGCGCUUUUGAAAACAAUAAGAUGGGGGCAAAAAGACCAAAAUCUAAUCCACCAAAAACCCUCAGAAGAUAAUAUAACUAAGGCUCAAAUAUUGGCGGAAUGUUUGUUCUUAUUAAAGUUGCCUAAAGAGGGAGAUGAACCGCUGCAAGCUAUAACCGCUAAUAUUAUAUGUCAACCCAUCAGCGCGCCGAUCAAAUAUCUGCUGGCUCCCUACAGGCAACGAUUUUUGUACCAUUUUACUGGUGUCAAGCAAACUAAUCGCUUAGAUAAACCUGAAUGGUUUUACACACAAAUUUUGAACUGGGGCAAAGAGACGCAUCUGUUCGUAGGCCAGACAUUCCAACCCGCGGCAGUUAAGGCGGGAAAAAUAGACUUUAACAUUAGAUUGGAGUUUCUCCGUGGCUUGAUUCAACUGACCAUAGAAAAAUUGGCAACGGAUAUUGAAGAAAUUAGUCGUGAUGAAAAUCUAUUUGCCCAUCUGUUGGAUGAGACAUUAGCUUUUGAAGCUGAAAUAAAAGAGAAUUUUGGUUAUCCCACUAGUUUCCCGAGUGCCAUUUGUGUAAUAACUCAGCCGGUAUAUUUAUUAAAGUGGAUCUCUUUAGAACAAAGAUUUUGCGCCGAUAAAAUGGAUGCAAUAUUACACGCGGAAAAUUCUUGGAUUGUAAUCGAUCCGAAUACUUUUGAUGAUGAUCUCAAAAUACCCAAAUGUGCCGAUAAAUUUGUAUGUCUUCUGGAGGCGAUCAAAGAUCGAUAUUAUUCUCUAAUACAACCCGGUCAUCAAUUACAAUUCUUAGAUCUGCAGCUUAAACUUAUCGAUGAUUUUCGCAGGCGUUUAGUGCAACUGCACAGUAAUGGGGUAAUAGAAAGCAUUCCCAUUUUAAAUGCCAUCAAUUACGUCAAAAUGGUUCUAAGUGAGUGGGGUGAGAAUGUACAUUAUUUACAUUUGCAUGCUGCUCUAGUCGGCCCAAACGCGGAGGAGGUCAAUUCGGUAUUUGAACAUCCUGUCUCCGAAUUGGAACAUUGGACACAAGAAUUAUUGAAAAAUUUAGCUACCAAAGCAGUUAAUGAGAUCAAAGCCAAAUCCAUGGCAUACCGUCACGAUGGUUGGCCAAAUAUGCCUGAGCAAAAUUCGAGAGAGCCAUUUAUAUUGUCACCUAGCGCUGGGGAAAUGUUUCAAGUUAUGGUUACCAUUUUGCACAAUUUUGAACGUAAAUUGUCAGCUAACCUCUUCAAUUUGACAUUGCGCAUAAUAGCUAAACAGAUAGAUGACUAUAUACUAGAUAGUAUGGUAAUGAAUAACAAGUUUUCGCCGGCCGGCGCCGCUCAGUUUAAUUAUGAUAUGACGCGCAAUAUGUUUGCUCUGUUUGGACAAUACAGUCGAAGACCCGAUUUGCUAUUCAAAAAAAUUCAUGAUGCCAAUAAACUAUUAAAUAUUUCACGUGGUACAGCUUUGCUCCUACACGAGACUUUAAAUAGUAAUAGUUCGUUGGAAGAUGAAAUGAAAGCUCUUAGAGAAUUGGGUAUAGUGAACUUUAAACCGCAAACGUGUAUUGAAAUUUUGGAGAGGCGUACGGAUAUUAGAAUGCAUUAAAGCAAAAAUAUAUUUACGCAUAAAAACGUU